AACUUUUCACUGAGAGCUCGAGUAGAUCGCCAAGAAUUCGACUCGCGGCCACCCUGAAUUGAUAUACAAUUUUUAAUUUUCUUUUUUUUUUUUUCAAUUCAUCGAAUUGGGAUGAAUUCCGAGACAUCCAAUCCAAUUCGAAUUCGAAUCGGCCUCUCAUUCAUCCGGUCGGAUUUUGGAUCGAAUUCGGAUGGAAGAAUUUUAUGCCUCAUCUCUCUCUCUCUCUCUCUCCAAGGAAUAGGCUCUGCUCCCCAUCGUUUCCCCGUUCUCUCCUCAUCCAAUCCAAUUUAAGUGUUCUUCUGCAACCUAACCUCUCGGAGCACCGCCACCGCUUCUAUCUCCUUCCCUCUCCUUUUUUUUCUCCAUUUCUUUCCUUUCCUCAUCCUUUUAUUUAUUUAUUUUUCUUUUUCUAAUUGCUUCGUUGUUUCACUAUCAACGAACGAGCAGGAUAGCAGCAGCCGAAUAACAUUGCUGCUCGCCAUUAUUAUCGAACACGGAACACAGCUACUUCAACUCAUUAUUGAACUCUAAAACCACAACAAAGAUUUACAGUCAAGUGUAGAAGAGAACCGACUCUCUCUGCUUGCAUCUCGCGUUCAAGCUCGAUCGGAAGUGAACCACAGAACCAGUCGCACUCUUGGGAAGGGCUUCGCACGUAUGUCUUUUCUCGCGUUAAAGUACAGGUGGCGCGUCACGAUUUUGUUGGGAGCAGAUCCGAACUCCACUUUUGUGUACGUUCUACCCUCCAUUGCUAUUUAGCCGCCCAAAGUUUCAACUCGGAACUCGGAAGGUGCUCACGGCAGAAAGGGCUUAUGAACAAAACGGGACAGUGGUGGUCACUCGAUUGGACCUCUUUUCUUGCUUGCAGUUCAUCGCGCUAGCAUUAGAUCGUUUACACAUCCUCAUAUUAUCGGACAAUCAAAGUGAAAGGAGGGAACCAGGGGUUGUUCCAUCUUCUCACUUUGCUCUAGCCCCAGAACGUAAAUGGACGGCAAUCUGGGUCGGCAAUACAUGGUCUCGUCGAAAAUGAAUUGAAGGUAGAAUUGCAAUUAGAGGGGGGCCCGUUGUCCUUAUUUGGAGUUUUCUGUUAUUGAGAAUGAAGCGGGGGUAUGAAGAAUCUGCUUCGACCUCUUUUGGUCCACCUCAAUCAAGGAGAAAACUUGAUCCACAAGGUGAUGCACUGUUUCUAGAGGAUGAUGAAACUACAAGGAAUCUUGCACGUAAAGUGGCUGAUCACUACAGCGCAAGGACAAACCAGACUUUGGAAGAGAGAGAAGCAAGUCCAAUAAUCCAUUUAAAGAAACUCAACAAUUGGAUUAAAAGUGUUCUAAUUCAUCUUUAUGCUCGGAGAGGAGAUUUUGUUCUUGAUCUUGCUUGUGGGAAGGGUGGUGAUUUGAUCAAAUGGGACAAGGCAAAGAUUGGAUAUUAUGUUGGUAUUGACAUAGCUGAAGGAUCGAUAGAAGACUGUCGUACACGCUAUAAUGGUGAUGCAGACCACCACCAACGACGCAAAAAGUUCACAUUUCCUGCACGUCUUAUCUGUGGAGAUUGUUUUGAGUGCAGAUCUAGGAGAAAAUUUCUGGUUCGCUUGGAUAAGGUUUUGGAAGAUGAUGCUCCAUUUGAUAUAUGCAGCUGCCAGCAGUUUGCCCUACAUUACUCAUGGUCUACGGAGACACGUGCACGGCGGGCAUUGGCCAAUGUCUCGGCAUUACUUCGUCCAGGAGGCAUCUUUAUUGGAACAAUGCCAGAUGCAAAUGUUAUUGUCAAAAAGCUCAGAGAAGUGGAAGGACUUGCAUUUGGGAAUAGUGUGUACUGGAUUCGUUUUGGUGAGGAAUAUUCUGAAAAGAAGUUUAGGUUUUCCAACCCCUUUGGUAUCAAGUACAAUUUCCACUUAGAGGAUGCUGUUGAUUGUCCAGAAUGCAUUGUCCCCUUCCAUGUAUUCAAAUUGCUGGCUGAUGAGUAUGACUUGGAACUUGUUUUUGUCAAGAACUUUCAUGAAUUCGUAGAUGAGUACUUCAAAAAGCCAGAAUUUACUGAGCUAAUGCGGAGACUUGGUGCCUUGGGUGAUGGAAACAAGGACAACAGCACGCUAUCACAGGAUGAGUGGGACGUAGCUUACCUAUAUUUGGCAUUUGUCUUGAGAAAGAGAGGCCAACCAGACCGCACACACCGGAACAACGACAACAGAGGAAACAAGGGACAGAUGCAAAUAUCAAAGGGCGACAUCAGGUAUGUUAGCAGCGAGGACUGACGGGAAAUGAUGUUUUUAUUGGACUUAAAAGGACCAUCCAAACACAGGACAAAUAAUUAGUGUCACAUGGAAUGGGGAGGCUACCGGACUGGUGGCGGGUGAUACCUCCGUCGCUUUUUCUGUGAUUGGAGAGAUUUUUGGAGUUGGAAUUAUUCAGUUUUGUAGAAUUGCAAUAAGUACUUGUAGCACUGAAAAAGCAGCACCAAAGCAAAAAAUAUAAACACAAUUAUUCCAUGUA